UGAAAAUUCAUCUGCAAAACUUUGGUAUCUCAGCAAGGAGUUAGAAAGAUUAUUCUAGGCUAUCUCUAAGAUGCCGUUAGUGCGUUACACUUUAUCCUAAAUUCCUGAACUUCAAGCCAUUGGAGUAUGAAGUAUUGUCACCUACCCUCAUGGGCUGGCUGUAACAUUUGUGGGAGUUUUGUCCAGCGGCUGCAUGCCUAGGCCACCAAAGCAUUCUGUCUGGACUGUGACACCAGGCCAGGCUGAGCGACAUGUCCUGGGCACAGAUCUCAGCUCUGAUGUGCGGUGUUGGUGGGUUUGGUGCUCUUGUUGCAGCUACCACGUCCAAUGAGUGGAGAGUGACCACCCGGGCGUCUUCUGUGAUAACCGCCACCUGGGUUUACCAGGGUCUGUGGAUGAACUGCGCAGGCAAUGCCUUGGGCUCCUUCCACUGCCGGCCGCAUUUCACUAUCUUCAAAGUAGAAGGUUAUAUCCAGGCAUGUAGAGGACUCAUGAUUGCUGCGGUCAGCCUGGGCUUUUUCGGUUCCAUUUUUGCACUCUUUGGAAUGAAGUGUACCAAAGUUGGAGGCUCAGAAAAAGCCAAAGCUAAAAUUGCCUGCUUGGCUGGGAUUGUGUUCAUAUUGUCAGGUCUCUGUUCCAUGACAGGCUGUUCCCUGUACGCAAACAAAAUCACAACCGAAUUCUUUGAUCCUCUCUUUAUGGAGCAAAAGUAUGAGUUAGGAGCUGCUCUCUUCAUCGGAUGGGCGGGGUCCUCUCUCUGCAUCAUUGGUGGUGUCAUAUUCUGCUUUUCAAUAUCCGACAACAACAAAACACCCAGAAUGGGCUACACGUACAAUGGACCCACAUCUGUCACGUCCUCUAGGACCAAGUAUCAUGGUGGAGAAGGAGAAUUUAAAGCCACAAACCCCUCAAAACAGUUUGAUAAAAAUGCUUAUGUCUAAAGCGCUCCUGGCAAGCUGUGUCUUGAGUCUGUUGUGAAAGCGAACUGUUCUCACAAUGAUCCUUUCAAGGCUCUCCUGUAAUUACCGCUUAAGCUGUUUUUUUUU